GGAAGUGUUGUCAAAUACCAGGAAGUUAUAAACAACAAAGCUGUCAGCUAACCAUAUAGCUGCGAGGAACAUUCUGUCUUGAUGAAAACCAACAAUGCCAAACAAGGCUUGCUAUACGCUAAUUUAUAUGCGUUGUUGCUGAAUUAUUUAUAGACAUUUUAUUAACGCGCGUCCCACCGUUUAUGCAACACUAACGCUCCGUGUCUUCGCAAACAAAGUGAUAAGACAAGGACGCAGACCUCGACGGCUUGUAGGUAAAUGCUGAACAGAUUAAUAUUCUAAACCUGAAGAAGCGAAGGGAAACGCUCGACGUUCUUAUUCAUGAGUGAAGACAUUUCGUACAUUCACUGCCUGGUUAGUGAUCGAGAGCAGAACACAUUUCGCCUUUGAAAGGUUGUGAGGCACAGGUUGGCUAGGUCGCAACAGCCAUGUCCACAUCUAACGCUAAUUUCAAAAACAAAUGUGUCACUCAAGUCAACUGCGUUUUCUGUGGAAGUCUCCUCUGCACCAGAGGUAUGAAAGCAGUGCUUCUCGCAGAUGCAGAGAUCGAGCUGUUCUCCACCGAUAUACCACCUAAUAGGACUGUUGACUUUGUGGCCAGCUGCUAUUCCACCGAAAGCUGCAAGUGCAAACUGAGAGACAUCGCCUGUCUUAAGUGCGGCAAUGUUGUCGGCUAUCAUGUCGUGGCCCCCUGUAAACCAUGCCUCCUGUCCUGUAACAAUGGGCACUUCUGGAUGUUCAAUAGCGAUGCUGUGUCCACCCUCAACAGACUGGAUGCUACAGGCCUAAAUCUGCUGCUGUGGGGAGACCUACCUGAGCUUGAGGAUAGUGACGAUGAAGACUCGGAGAGCCCCUCCGAGGAAGAAUGUAUCAGGUAAGUUGGAAGAUGGAGAACCAGAAGGCGCCUGUUGGGGGGCGUCUUAAGGGUUGGACGUGUUGAUCUGGACCCUUUGCUUGCGAGGACAGUAAGAAGAGAGGCCUUAACUUGUGACCAUGCCUUCUUCCCCCCCCUCCAUCUUAUAAAACAGUCACAAAGUCACAAACACCCCCACACACUGAUUCCUAUUCUUAUUUUGGUCUUGCUGUGGGCUAUCAUAAGACAUGCUGAAGAAUGCCAACAUGGUAAACAAACUGACUUGAUGCAUAUUUGCUUUAGUGUUUUGAUCCAGUCAAUAGGCUCACAAUUCAUUUGAUAACACUGAGCUGACUUGGGUUUGAGACGAUAAACAAGCAUUAUAGGUUUGGGUUGACAGUGAAUGCUGUUUGUUUUUUUUUGACCCUGUUUACAAUUAGUAUGAUUGUUUAUUUCCUGACAUGAUUGCAACUGGUAUUUUUCUUUUAUUAUGUUAAAAGAAAAAAAUAGAAAUGUACUUUAAUUCUGCUGCAAACUACAUACUCCUGUUGACAGGUAUGUUUUUAAGUCUUAUAUUCCCCAUGUGUGCUUUCUUAUAAGUAAAUUUGCUAUUUAAAUUUCAUGUACUAGGGGCAAUGGCACAAAUUAGUUAAUUUACCACUUGCUUUUUCCCCGGCAUAUUUAACACAAUACUUCGCUGGCUGAGGUUCCAUCAACUAUGCAUUCUCAUCCGCAAAAUAAGUGUCAGUUACAAUAUGUGUUGGCCACCUUGAUAAAUGACAGGGGGAGUUUUUGAUAAAAGAUAUUAACAUAUUUGUAUGUGGUAUGCUUGCACUGGCUCUGUCAUGUCCGUCAUUUCCCCGGUCAGUAAUCUCUAGAAUUUUCCAGCUUUAAGGUUUACGAGUACAGCAGAGCUAGAAUAAAAAAUAAAUAAUAAUAAUUGCUGCAGUGCAACAUUGAGAAAUGGCAACAAAAAAAAAGCGUUUCCGUGACAGGUCAGAAAAUUUCUAACAGUUUGACUGUAGCACCGAAGGACUAAAUCAGCACUUCAAUGAAGCACAUCCAAGUUGUUGUGACACUGUGUCAUCUUUGUCUUAGUAGUCCCGUCUAUUUCUAAAGUGUUUUUUCUAAAUCAACUGUGUACCACGCCUGCAGACUGAGUUCAAAUACAAUCAGCGUCGACCUCCCCUUUGUAUCCAAUUUACUUUACCGGAGGUACCGGAGGUAGUUACUGGUGAUAAGGGCAGCAUCCAGUAUUGGAUAGUGGUUUGACAACCCUCCACCUGCAGGGAAGAACGUUAAACGACGCCGAAAAGACACAAUGUUAAUCCCUAUUUAUAUGGCAUGGAUCGUCUGCAUUUAUUUUUUUAUUUUUUGGGGCUCCUGUCAAUAACAUUCAUGCCAACUUCAAUGGCAAAGACUCUCUAGAAUCACGUAUCUAUAUUGAAGCACUGGGCGUCCUAUGAUUCAACUUGUGUCAUAGCUGUCAUCCCUGCAGAGAUGGCCCUGAGGGAUGGAAAGGACUCUUGAAACUCCCAUCACAUUUCCACUUAUGGUCAUCCUUUUAUCUUGAACUCAUCUUUGUAGUUGUAAAAUGUAAUAAACCGAUAUUAAUAUAUAUAAAUAUAUAUAUAUAAAUAUAUUUAAUGUAGGAAGUACAUCAAAUGGGUAUUUGUAAAACCCACAAACCAAAUAUCUCUAACCACUGCAACCUUUGGUCCCUAUUUUUUAUUUUAUUUUUUUUAAUUCAUUGAUUUGUAUUGUGCUACAGUACUUAUAUUUCUAUGCUCAUUCAAUUAUUAAUUUGUGAACUUGUGCUUGGUUUGUUAGAAAUAGUAUGUGUACAGGUUUACCUCACAAUGGUAUCACUCUUAAGCUUCUGCUGGCUAGCACAAUAGUUGAAAGAUAAUCAAAAAUAAUAUAUAAAAGGUUGUUUCCAACCAUACGAUUAACUUGCCCUGCUGAAAAAUGUUAUAUUUUGGAAUUGCACUGAAACUGCAUUAGUAGUUUGAAAAAGGUUUUUUAUGCUUGUCCAAUUAAUAAACUUUUUUUUCCUGAA